GACGCCUGCGCAGUCAGUCGGCCGAGUGCAUUAUCACAGUCCCGGGGCAAAGUCUAUCACCGCGCCGCUGGCUUUGCGAGCGUAAUAGUACCGCGCGUCUCUCGGCUGUUAACAGCGAGGCGCGGUGGGUCCGCAGGCCGGGCGGCGCGGGUCUGCUCUAGUUCCCCAGACCUGAAUUCUGUGAGCAGCCGCGAUGUCGAUUUUCACCCCCACCAACCAGAUCCGCCUAACCAAUGUGGCCGUAGUGCGGAUGAAGCGCGCUGGGAAGCGCUUCGAAAUCGCCUGCUACAAAAACAAGGUCGUCGGCUGGCGGAGUGGCGUGGAAAAAGACCUUGAUGAAGUUCUACAGACCCACUCAGUGUUUGUAAAUGUUUCUAAAGGUCAGGUUGCAAAGAAGGAAGAUCUCAUCAGUGCAUUUGGAACAGAUGACCAAACUGAAAUCUGUAAGCAGAUUUUGACUAAAGGAGAAGUUCAAGUAUCAGAUAAAGAAAGGCACACACAACUGGAACAGAUGUUUAGGGACAUUGCAACUAUUGUAGCAGACAAAUGUGUGAACCCGGAAACAAAGCGGCCAUACACUGUUAUCCUUAUUGAGAGAGCCAUGAAGGACAUCCACUAUUCAGUCAAACCCAACAAGAGCACAAAACAGCAGGCUUUGGAAGUGAUAAAGCAGUUAAAGGAGAAAAUGAAGAUAGAACGUGCUCACAUGAGGCUUCGGUUUAUUCUUCCAGUGAAUGAAGGGAAGAAGCUGAAAGAAAAGCUCAAGCCACUGAUCAAGGUUAUAGAAAGUGAAGACUAUAGUCAACAGUUAGAAAUUGUAUGCCUGAUCGACCCAGGCUGCUUCAGAGAAAUUGAUGAGCUUAUAAAAAAGGAAACAAAAGGCAAAGGUUCUUUGGAAGUGCUCAAUUUGAAAGAUGUGGAAGAAGGAGAUGAGAAAUUUGAAUGACGUCCUUCAAUCUCACCAACCACAAAACACUAAAAAGUGUUUUUUGUUUCCGAAAGCACUGUUUCAUUUCUGUGAUCUGCCAAAUCCUUACUCAAACUGACAUUUUCUAUCUUUGUGCUAACCGUGUACACAAAAAGACUUUCCUACAUAAGUAUUACACUAUGGGGAUGAUUUAAUUUUAAGUGGAGUUAAAACUUAAAGCAAAAAUGAAAAAUCCAAGAUACAAGUCCAGAGGAGCAUUUUGCUGCUGUCUCAUGCCUUUAUAGCUUUUGUAAAUGAAAGUUAUUUGAGGCAGCUCUUUGUGGAUAAAGCUAAAUUUUGUACAGUACAGUGAGAUUAUUUAGAAGACGUGUCUAUAUGACAAAAGGGGAUUAUUUGCUGAAAAAGAAAACAUAAGGUGUCUCAGUUCUAUUUAAUGAAAUUUGCAUAUAGGGGUAACUGUCGUGUCCUAACAUUGGAUGAUGACUUCCUGAUUAUCUGAAAGAAAGACAUGCAAUUACCCUGCAGAAAUUAAAUAAUUUUCAUUGAACGUGCUGUCAAACUUAGAUUGUUCUUGGUAAAAAAAAGUCAUUUAUUCUAAUUCUUAAAGUUUAUAAUAUAUAUUAAUAUAGAUAAAAUUAUAUGUAAUCAAUAAAACCACUCUUAUUUUUGUUAAACUAUGGCUUGUUUCUAGCCAACUUCCUAACUCCCUUUGUUUGCUCUGCCUUUGUGGUAUGGUUGGGGAGUUGUUAGGAGGAUUAAGUAAAUCAUGCUGAGUGCUUAGGACAGGGCCUAUUCUGAUAAGCAUCUCAUAAAUCUUAAUUAACAUUUGGGAAGUAAUUGUAUUUAAUUAGUAUUUAGUCACUUUAAAUAGACAAGGUGCAAGUUUUUAAAAAUCUGUCCUCAAAAGAGUUACACUUCUAGAAUAGAAGAGAUUAUUAGUUAGAGAUUCACUCAAAACAAACAUAGAUGUAUUUGUAGACACCAGUUUUUAUUUUAAACUGAAAACAAAGUUCUUGACUUGAACAGGUCCUGGUUGGUUUUACAAGCACACAGAAGCUGCUACUAAUACAAGUUUUCAGAAAUGUCCCUUUUUCUUUAAAUAACUUCACAGUAUUUUCCCAUACUACUAGAGGGACUAUUCUUGUUUUGUAACAUGGGAAUGAACCCUUUUCUGUGAAUGUUGCUGUUUUGAUGCAGUCCUUAAGAAGGCCCUUCACUGCUUCCUUUUCACAUGCAUAGUUGUGGUUUUGUAAAGAUCUAAACUUGAAGUCCCAGGAGAUAAUUUUUUUUUGUGUGUGUGAUUUUUUUUUUGGCCGGGGCUGGGUUUGAACCCGCCACCUUCGGCAUAUGGGACCGGCGCCCUACUCCUUGAGCCACAGGCGCCGCCCCCCAGGAGAUAAUUUUAACCAAUGAAGUUUAUGCUCUUUCCAGCUUGAUGAGGUAAAGUGAUGUUUCAGAUUGAAAAUCAUUCUUAUUAAGAAUAUUCAAUAACUACUACAUCUUAGAUGGAAAAGAUAAGCAAGUAAUACAACACUGCCUUAAGUUUUUCUGAUUCUGAUUAGUUAUCUUUUCUAAAAGCUGGAACUUUGAGAAAUGUUAAGUAUAGACCACGUGUGAGUCAUGCUUCUGAACUUAUAAAAAAAUUUUUCACCUUAUAUUAAUUUCAUUACUCAAAGGAGUUAAAAUUCUUGCUCAUGGUCAUCUUCCCAGUACCACCCUAUAAUGCAUUAUUUUAAGGAUUGAUUUGUUUUGCAUUUUCAGUACAAGCUAGUAAUACAUGUAUAUAUAUUUGGUCAGAGUGAUGUUUCAGAAUUAAGCCUCUUCUAUCAGUACAGUUCUAUUCUGUGAAGUUUCCCUUUUACCCCCCCAUACAAUUAUUUUCACCACUUUCUGGAACUCUAUACCACAUUGAAAUUCAUUUGAAAGCCUUGACUUGUCCCACCUUGUAUUAGAGACAGCUACUUAAAUAGUUCUUCCAUGCUAGAUUGUGAGCUCUUUCAGGGCCAGGGACUUAGACAUACUUGUAUCCCACCAUGCUGUGGACCUGGUACAUGUGGAAUAAAAGUCUAUGAAGUGAUA